AUCGGAACACACUCGAAUUUCACAGCACAUCACAUGAUCUGCUACAAAUCCACGACGUCGCAACAAUCGUGUUUAUCUGCUCAGAUCCAUUAUAUGUAGCUGAAAGCCACGAGUUAUUUCAACGCAGUGCAAUUCACCUCUACGGUUACUCGAUUACCCUGAGGCCGCGAUUCGUGCCUGAAGCGUCAAAAGUACAACAGUUUUGAGAGCACUGGAUUCAAACGUUGUACGACGUUGAUCCGCAGAUGAGGCGGCUUGGCAAAUGUGAUGGAUGCAGACAGAGAAAAGUCAAGUGUGAUGAAAAGAAACCAUCAUGUGGUGGUUGCCAAAAGGGAAGCCGGCCGUGCAACUACUCCUACCCGCAAGGACAGGGCUUUGCACUGGUGAUGCAAAACCCAAGUCAGAUGACAAGAUAUGGAAGAUCCAUGGCUACCUUAACCAUCUAUCCACUGAGCUCUUCCCAAGCCAGGGAUGAAUCGUCUACUCCGGACUCUGUACCAGUCUUUUCCCCCGACCCCGCAAUUGCUCGUACACCAGAUCCCUCAGACUUGCAUCUCAGAGGCGGCAUGGUAGCUGCAGACGGGCGAGGGGUCUUCCAGACAUUGGCUCCGGUCAAAGUCAAAGCCAGAAAGCCAUCAAAAAAAGUGGAGUCCUAUCAGAGAAGACGGUGUCAGGCGCAUCUGCUCCGUUUGCAACAAGAGGCGUCUCUGGUAUCACAUCGACCCUCCUCUCCUGACACUAGACUGAUUGCCAUGUUUAUCGGUUUGCUUCGUCCUGACUCCACAAACUAUCAGCAUCUGUUCACGCUCGGUGACUGGGUAAAGUCGAUCCCUUCGCGUAUUGGAUCUAGUCCAGUAGUCACAAUGGCCGCCGAGUUCUUCAUCCAAAGCUUUGAUGUGUACCGGGACAAAACGCACUCGAACCAGGCCCUAGCGUUGCGGACCAAAAGCAAGGCCCUGAAGGAGCUACAACUAAGUGUCGUUGCGACACAGCAGCACCCGACAUAUGAUCUCGUGAUUGCAACCAAGCUGCAUUAUGCGGCUGAGGUCUUACUCGGAGUGGACAACAUGCAUUAUGCCAUUCACACACUUGGGCUGACGGAUCUCUUGAAAUCCGGCCUCGUCUCCGGCGCCGAUGAGGGAAACUUCUGGAACAUAAUCGACAAUACAUACAUUGACGAUAUCACCAUUGCGAUGACGGCCGGCCGACUAUCAGUAUACGAUAACGACUUCUACUUGUCUUCAACACACCCUGCCGCGCUCACAAGCAGUACCCUAACCACAGUACAAAGAACCACCCGAGCUAUGAUGCAUAUCCUGAUUCAUUUGCCUCGCCUCAUAUUGACCAUACGACAUGCGCUUCAAAGCCCUGGCGAUGUUGUUGUUCUUGCAUCAGCUAUUUCAAUUGCUGAGAAUUUAUGGCUUCUAACUGAGCAAAGUCACUUUGCCGGAUUCAUUGAAGCGUCAAUUGCAACGGUUGAUGAACCCAUUGAAGAUGCGGUCGCAGACAUCCUCUUACACGGGGUACGUUUUGAUACCGCUCAAAAUAUGGUAAUUUGCACGCGAUACUGGUUGCUCCAAGUCCUGCUGAGUGGCACGAUCGAUACAUUGUACAGGAGGUUCCCGCACGCGUGCGCCUUGUCGCUUCUUCCUGACCCCGAGACCUUGCACCGCGUGGACACGAAUGCCGCAGCUCAGCUUGGAAGAGUCGUAUUGGGGCUCGAUGCUGACCCUUCGCCGCUGACGUUGGUUCGUACGCAUGGGCCGUUAUCAGGAUCUAUUGGAGCGUGGCACAGACAGAUCCGGUACCUCUCUUCGCGUUUGUCCUUUUCCGAUGAUUCAACAACGGACCACUCGCAACAGAUAAAUGAUCUCCUCGCAGCGGAGAGGAUGAAGCGCUGGCUUCUGGCCAGGUGCAACGUGAUUCUGAAACGCUUGAACAUUAGUCGGGUCGACGAAAGAGCCUGGCUGGAGGCCUUGGACUGUAUGGCUGGCGAGGAGCUGGUCGAUUGGAUACCGUCCAAGGUAAGCUUCGGCUCUGAAGAUGGCGAGAUAGUGAUGAAACUUGAGUACAGCGAUCGCACAGCAAACGGGGACCCUCGUUCGAUGGGCGGCACGACGCGAGUGUUCAAUGUUCAAAAUCCAGCAAAAUUUGGGCCACAGCACCUGCGCGAGUGGGUCAAAGGAAAUGGUGGUCCAGCUUCUCAAUGACUAACGGCCACUUUCCAAGCUUGCAAGUUCCGUCUGGGCCUGCCCGUCGUAUGCAUUUGG